AUGGACCCUGAAACCUUUGUCGACCCGUAUUUGACGCGCGCCGACCACUUGGUUCUGGAAUGCUUGGAGCGCGAGGCUCAAGCGAAAAAGUCGUCAUCCGACGCCAAGGAGGCUACUACUGAUCUUCCUCCACAAAACGGCGAUCUGCACCGGAGAAAGGACUCAGCCAAUGAGGGCGAUCACGAGAACCAGUCCACUAUUGACGCCCUCGAGGCCUUGAACAACCCCAAGCACGCCGACUUUGACCCUACUGUAUUCAUCUUCUGGGACAAUGCCAACAUCAAGCUGCCCCGCUUCUUGGACCAACAUGUCUUCCAACCCUACGUCCGCUGGGCUCGCACUGUUGUACGCGUCGAGACUGAUGUCGUCAUGUUCAACCACCUCAUCCUCUAUGCCACCACCUCUCUGCCCAGCGCACUGUACCUUUUCUACAACUUCUCCUGGAUCCAUGGAAUCCUCCAUUGGGUCAUGCAGACUUACUUCGUUGGAACAUACAUGCUGAUGAUGCACCAACACAUCCACAUGCGCGGCGUACUCGCCAAGCGCAACCCCUGGCGCAUCAUCGACUCCGUCUUCCCCUUCAUCACCGACCCGCUCUUCGGCCACACCUGGAACACCUACUUCUACCACCACGUCCGCCACCACCACAUCGAGGGCAACGGCCCGGACGACCUGUCCUCCACGAUCCGCUACCAGCGCGACGACGUGCGCGACCUGCUGCGCUACAUCGGCCGCUUCGUCUUCCUCAUCUGGUUCGACCUGCCGCGCUACUUCAUCCGCAAGGGCCACUACCGGACGGGCCUGCGCGCCGGCGCCUCCGAGUUCGCCACCUUCGGCAUGUGGUACCUGUCGUCCCUGAUCGACGGCCGCGCCACCUUCUGCGUGUUCCUGCUGCCCUUCAUGGUGCUGCGAUUCGGCCUGAUGGUCGGCAACUGGGGCCAGCACGCGUUCGUCGACGACGAGGAUCCGAAUUCUGACUUUAGGUCCAGCAUCACGCUGAUCGAUGUCGCUAGCAACCGCUUCUGCUUCAACGACGGCUACCACACCUCGCACCACCUCAACCCCAUGCGCCACUGGCGCCAGCACCCCGUCGCCUUCCUGAAGCAGAAGGACCAGUACGCCCGCGAGCACGCCCUCACCUUCAAGAACAUCGACUACAUCAUGAUCACCAUCCGCCUGGCCAUGAAGGACUACGACCACCUCGCCAAGUGUCUGGUCCCCAUGGGCGAUCAGAUCAACAUGACGCUCGAGGAGAAGGCGCGGAUGCUGAGGAGCAAGACGAGGGCGUUUACCGAAGAGGAGAUCAAGGUCAAGUUCGCGAAGUCUUGA